AUGGCAUCAAAAAUUAUUCAAAAUCCACGACAGCGCAUAGCUGAAAAUUACUUAGUCAUCUGGAUUGAUGGAAAUAUCGACAUGGCAAAUGAAGAUUGUCAAUAUACAAUGGCACAAUUGAAAGCUCUUAUAAAUGAAGUGCAACCGUGUACAACAGCUGAACAAUGUAUUCAACACAUGGUUGACAAUGAGGAGGAGAUAUCUUUCAUUAUCGCCUCUAGUGCAAUAGGACAACACUUGGUACCAGAUAUCCACGACAUGGAAACAUUGAAGGGCAUUUUUAUCUAUUCUGGCCAUGAACAACAACAUCAAUUUUGGACUCAACAUUGGCCAAAAAUCAAAGGUGUACAUACAAGAAUCACACCUAUAUAUGAGGAGCUUGCAGCAGCUAUCAAACAGUGCAACGAAGACAAUAUACCGGUGAGCAUUGUCAGCCUGAGUGAAGGAGGUUCCAGCAAAAAUUUGGAUCAGCUAGAGCCUUCUUUUAUGUAUUCACAGAUAUUCAAGGAAAUACUUCUUGAAAUAGAGCAUGAUCAAAAAGCCGUUCAAGAUUUGGUGACGUAUUGCCAACAGGUAUAUCAAGGCAAUCACAACCAAAUGAAAAUUAUUAAAGAAUUUCAACGUACUUAUCAAGCAUCCAAUGCGAUAUGGUGGUAUACAAGACAAUGCUUUACAUAUAAAAUGUUGAAUGGUGCACUAAGAACACUCAAUGGUGACAUUAUGAUUCGAAUGGGAUUCUUCUUAUGUGAUUUACAUCGGCAAAUCGAAACUAUGUACAAGAACCAGAUCAGUCACUAUAGUGAAAAGAUUUUUACAGUCUUUCGAGGACAAGGUCUAUCGAAAACUGAUUUUGAAAAGAUUGCCAAUAAUAAAGGUGGGCUUAUCUCUUUUAAUAACUUCUUAUCCACCAGUACUAAACGUGAUGUGUCACUCAAUUUCGUCAAAGAAGCUUUACGAACACCCGAUAUGAUCGGCACUCUUUUUCAAAUAACUGUUGAUACUAAUAUUUCAACGGCUCCGUUUGCCAAUAUCAAGGAGGUAAGCCAUUUCAAGGGUGAAGAGGAAAUUCUUUUCUCCAUGCAUACGGUUUUUCGAAUUGGUGAAAUUCGAAAAAACAUCAAAAAUAAUUGCAUUUAUGAAGUAGACAUCAAACUUACAUCAGGUAAUGACCCACAACUUCGUGAUUUAUCAGAUUUCAUACGUAAAAACGUUAGCGGUACAGGUUGGCAUCGAAUGGGCCAACUGUUACUUGAAAUCAGUCAACUGGACAAGGCUGAAGAGUUAUAUCUUACCCUACUUGAACAAACGUCUGACGACAGUGGCAGAGCACAUAUCUAUCAUCAACUCGGAUGGUUAAAAAACUGCCAAGGACAAUACGACGAAGCAGUUACAUUCUGCAAGAAAUCCCUUAAUAUCAAGCGAAAAACUCUUCCCGAAGAUGAUUCCUCCUUGGCUUCUACAUACAGCAAUAUCGGUAAUGUGUAUACAAGCAUCGGUGACUACUCGCAAGCACUUGCAUUUUACGAAAAAACACUAAAAAUACAAAAAAAAGCUCUGCCUUUGAGUCAUCUCGAUUUGACUACUUCCUACAAUAAUAUGGGUAGUGUGUAUGACAACAUGGGUGACUACACGAAAGCACUUGAAUUUUAUGAAAAAUCACUUAAAGUAAUGGAAAUAGCUCUGCCUCCAAAUCAUCCCUCAUUAGCUACUUCCUACAAUAAUAUGGGUAGUGUGUAUGACAACAUGGGUGCCUACACGAAAGCACUUGAAUUUUAG